GCCCGCGCCGCCGUCCGGGCAGCGCGCAGAGCUCGGGGGGCGCGGAGCGAGGCAGCGGCGCCCGGCGGGCCGCGCACGGUAUCCGGGCGGGCGCGGACCCCGGCGGGCUCGCGGGCGGCGCGCCCCGGGCUCUGCCUCCCGGGCACUUGCCUGGUUCCUGCGCGCUCCUGGCGUCCGCUCUGCAGCUGACACACGGUAGCGGGGACGCCCGACGCCUCUAGCGACAGGCGCGUCCCAGGGGGACGCUGCACUUGGGGACUCCGGCGCGACCGGCCAGAAGAGGAAAGGAAACAUUCAAACUGGAUUUUUAAAUCAUUGUAAGUCAGCGAUGGAUCAGAAGGUGCAGAAUGCCAUCCCGAAUAAAAGUCUUUGAAAGAAUUGCUUCAAAUAACAGGGGAAAGAAAAUUGAUCUACCAUCUUAAAACCCUAAUCUAGAAAAACAUAUUGCUCAUGAUAGGAAGUUGUAACUGGGGAAAUUUAUUUGGCUGUUAAGGUACCUGAAUGAAAGAAAUUGUCACUCUUUCUCAGAAGACUUGUAUAUCUGAGAUUAUUUUAAUAAUCAGUCGUUUUAUGAAAAUCUUGACAUGAUCACCAGGAAAGAGAAACAGAGCAGUAGCUAAAACCUGUGUGUUGGUCAAGAUGACUUCUGAAGAAAUGGCAGCUUCUGUUCUCAUACCUGUGACUCAGAGAAAAGUGAUAUCUGUUCAAGGGGCUGUUGAUGAAAGUAGUGAAAAGGUCUCAGACAUCAGUGUUCCAAAAGUGCAUACUAUCAGACAGAGUGGGCCAACUUCUCAUGCCAUCUCACAACUGAACACACUUAAAGAAGAAUCUUCUGGAAGCAACUUGCCCAAGAUUUUCUCCAUAGCAAGGGAGAAAAUAAUGAGUGACGAGAACAGUAAUGAAAAGUGCUGGGAGAAAACCAUGCCAGAUUCUGUGAAAAACCUUAACAUUAACUGUAACAACAUAUUGAAAAACCUUCCUCAGAGCCAGUUUUAUGAAACAUGUGAUUCUGUCACAGAGGAAGGCCUGUGUAUGGAAACUGGAAUCCCUUCUUCACUGGAAAGAAAGGUGUUCCCUGGAAUUCAACUGGAAAUAGACGGACCUCCCAAGGACGUUAGUCCCUUAGGAAAUCAAUCAGCGAUCAUGGAUACCAGCAGGGCACGCUCUGACAGCAACAUGGCGGUAUUUCACUUUCACUAUGAAGUUGACAGAGGAAUGUCAGACACUUUCUGUACCCUGUCAGAUAACUUGAUUUUGGAUGAUUGUGGAAACUGUGUACCGCUGUCUGGUGUUGGUGGAGAGCAAAAGAAAAAUUACAUGGCAUAUACUUGUAAACUGAUGGAAUUGGCAAAAAACUGUGAUAAUAAGAAUGGACAGCUGCAGUGUGAUCAUUGUGACACCUUGAAUGACAAAUACUUGUGCUUUGAAGGUUCUUGCCAGAAGGCCAAUGUGGUAUGUUCAAGCGACAGCUUUUGCAAGGAGAAUUUUACUGACAGUCCUCCUGCGAAGACCUUUCUGAGCCAUUUGGAAGACUUCCCUGAUAAUUGUGAAGAUGUAGAAGAAGAUUUUUUCAAAAGCAAAAAGGAGCGAUCCACUUUGCUGGUGAGGAGAUUUUGUAAAAAUGACAGGGAAGUUAAGAAAUCUGUGUACACUGGGACAAGGGCAAUUGUGAGAACUCUGCCUUCUGGUCACAUUGGGCUGGGAGCUUGGAGUUACAUUGAUCAGAAGAGAAAUGGUCUCUUGUUGCCCUGUGGGAGAGUAAUGGAACGGCUGUCAACAGUGGUGACUGGGCAAGAUGGGAGCCGGUGUCUGUCAGAAGCCCAGUGGUAUCCGAUCUACACUGCAGUGAGAAGGGGAGAAGGAACAGAAGAUACAAUUGGAUCUCUUCUCCAUUUCUUCACAGAGCUCCCAGCCUCCGAGAGAGCCCAUGAAAGGAUUAGCAUUGGUCCGUGCUUAAAGCAAUGUGUCCGAGACACCGUGUGUGAGUAUCGUGCCACCCUCCAAAGGACUUCCAUAUCACAGUACAUCACCGGUUCUCUCCUAGAAGCAACCACAUCUUUAGGAGCACGAAGUGGCCUUCUCAAUACUUUUGGAGGAUCCACUGGACGAAUGAUGAUGAAAGAACGCCAACCGGGCACCUCUAUGGCCAAUUCCAGUGCCCUCCCUUCAAGUUCUGCUGGGAUCAGCAAGGAACUGAUUGAUCUGCAGCCCCUCAUCCAGUUCCCAGAAGAGGUCGCCAGCAUCCUGAUGGAGCAGGAGCAGAAUAUUUACCGAAGGGUCUUGCCGGUUGACUAUCUUUGCUUCUUGACCCGGGACUUGGGCACUCCGGAAUGCCAGAGGUCUCUGCCCUGCCUCAAAGCGUCCAUCUCAGCAUCAAUUCUUACCUCCCAGAACGGAGAACACAAUGCCCUUGAAGAUCUCCUGAUGAGAUUUAAUGAGGUGAGCUCCUGGGUAACGUGGCUGAUCCUCACCGCGGGCUCCAUGGAGGAGAAGCGGGAAGUCUUCUCAUAUUUGGUGCAUGUGGCCAAAUGCUGCUGGAACAUGGGCAACUACAAUGCUGUCAUGGAGUUCUUGGCUGGCCUCAGGUCAAGAAAAGUUUUAAAAAUGUGGCAGUUCAUGGACCAGUCUGACCUGGAGACCAUGAGGAGCCUGAAGGAUGCCAUGGCUCAGCACGAAUCUUCCUGUGAGUACAGGAAGGUGGUGACGCGGGCACUGCACAUCCCCGGCUGUAAGGUGGUUCCGUUCUGUGGGGUGUUUCUGAAGGAGCUGUGUGAAGCGCUCGACGGAGCCUCCGGCCUCAUGAAGCUUUGCCCGAGGUACAAUUCCCAGGAAGAAACUCUAGAGUUUGUAGCUGAUUACAGUGGACAAGAUAAUUUCUUACAACGUGUGGGACAAAAUGGCUUAAAGAAUUCAGAGAAGGAGUCCACAGUCAACAGCAUCUUUCAGAUCAUCAGGAGCUGUAGUCGAAGUCUCGAGACCGAGGAGGAGGACAGCCCCAGUGAAGGGAACAGCUCUAGGAAAAAUUCCUUGAAGGAUAAAGCCAGAUGGCAGUUUAUAAUUGGAGAUUUGCUAGAUUCUGAAAAUGACAUCUUUGAGCAGCCCAAAGAAUGGGACCCUCAUGGAUCAGAAGAGCCACAGAAGGCGUUUGACCAUGGGACAGAGCUCAUCCCGUGGUACGUGCUGUCUAUCCAAGCUGAUGUGCACCAGUUCCUGUUGCAGGGGGCCACGGUCAUCCACUACGACCAGGACAUGCACCUCUCUGCCCGCUGCUUCCUCCGGCUUCAGCCUGACAAUAGCACCUUGACCUGGACGAAGCCCACCACUGCCUCCCCAGCCAGUGCUAAAGCGAAACUUGGUGUACUUAGUAACACGUCUGAGCCUGGUAAAUUCCCGUUACUGGGCAGUGCUGGAUUAAGCAGCCUGGUGGAGGGGGUCUUGGAUCUGUUUUCAGCAAAGGCUGUGUACAUGGGACACCCUAGCAUUGAUAUACACACUGUGUGUGUUCAGAACAAACUGGGUAGCAUGCUUCUCUCAGAGACUGGUGUAACGCUGCUCUAUGGGCUUCAGACCACGGACAAUAGGUUAUUGCACUUUGUGGCACCAAAGCACACAGCUAAAAUGCUCUUCAGCGGAUUGUUGGAACUCACGAAAGCUGUAAGAAAGAUGAGGAAGUUCCCUGACCAAAGACAGCAGUGGCUGCGGAAACAAUACGUCAGCCUCUAUCAGGAAGAUGGACGGUAUGAAGGCCCAACUUUGGCUCAUGCUGUGGAGUUGUUUGGUGGCAGACGAUGGAGUACUCGAAACCCCAGCCCUGGGACAUCAGCAAAGAGUGCCGAGAAGCCCAACGUGCAGAGAAACAACACCUUGGGCAUAAGUACCACCAAGAAAAAGAAGAAAAUCCUGAUGAGGGGUGAGAGUGGAGAGGCAACCGACGAUGAGAUGGCCACCCGCAAGGUCAAAGUGCACAAAGAGUGUCGGAGCCGGAGCGGUUCUGACCCUCAAGAUGCUAAUGAACCAGAGGAAUCAGAGGCGAAUGCCAUCACGAGCCCUCCGAACCCUCUCCCUUCCAGAAGAGCCCACUCUUUGACCACGGCUGGGUCCCCUAACUUGGCUUCCGGGACGUCAUCUCCCAUCAGGCCAGUGUCCUCCCCUGUGCUGUCUUCUUCAAACAAGAGCCCGUCCAGUGCUUGGAGCAGCAGCAGCUGGCACGGGCGGAUCAAAGGAGGAAUGAAGGGCUUUCAGAGCUUCAUGGUUUCAGACAGUAACAUGAGUUUCAUUGAAUUUGUUGAGCUGUUCAAAUCAUUCAGUGUACGGAGCCGCAAGGACCUGAAGGAUCUCUUUGACAUCUAUGCUGUGCCAUGCAACCGAGCCGGCUCUGAGUCGGCCCCACUCUACACCAACCUCACAAUCGAUGAAAACACCAGCGGUCUUCAGCCUGACCUAGAUUUGUUGACCAGAAAUGUCUCGGAUUUGGGGUUGUUCAUUAAGAGUAAACAGCAGCUGUCAGACAACCAGAGGCAGAUAUCCGAUGCCAUUGCUGCUGCAAGUAUCGUGACAAACGGCACUGGGAUCGAGAGCACGUCCCUGGGCAUAUUUGGGGUAGGCAUACUCCAGCUCAAUGACUUCCUAGUGAAUUGCCAAGGAGAACAUUGCACUUAUGAUGAAAUCCUCAGCAUCAUCCAGAAGUUCGAGCCCAGCGUUAGUAUGUGUCAUCAGGGCCUAAUGUCGUUUGAAGGAUUUGCAAGGUUUCUGAUGGAUAAAGAUAAUUUUGCCUCAAAAAAUGACGAGUCACAGGAGAACAGUAGAGAAUUGCAGCUGCCCCUCUCCUACUACUACAUUGAAUCUUCACACAAUACCUACCUCACAGGCCAUCAGCUCAAAGGAGAAUCCUCAGUAGAACUCUACAGCCAGGUCCUUCUGCAAGGCUGUAGGAGCAUAGAGUUGGACUGCUGGGAUGGAGAUGAUGGGAUGCCCAUCAUUUAUCAUGGACAUACCCUGACAACCAAGAUCCCCUUCAAGGAAGUGGUUGAAGCCAUUGAUCGAAGUGCCUUCAUCAAUUCUGACCUGCCAAUCAUCAUAUCAAUUGAGAACCACUGUUCAUUGCCUCAGCAACGAAAAAUGGCAGAAAUUUUCAAGACUGUUUUUGGAGAAAAACUGGUGGCUAAAUUCUUAUUUGAGAGUGAUUUCUCAGAUGAUCCAAUGCUUCCCUCACCUGACCAACUUAGAAGAAAAGUGCUUCUUAAAAAUAAGAAGCUGAAAGCCCAUCAGACGCCAGUGGAUAUCUUAAAGCAAAAGGCUCAUCAGUUAGCAUCCAUGCAAGCUCAGGCGUAUAAUGGCGGGAAUGCCAACCCUCCACCUGCUAAUAACGAGGAAGAGGAAGAUGAAGAGGAUGAAUAUGAUUAUGACUAUGAAUCCCUCUCUGAUGACAACAUUCUAGAAGACAGACCUGAAAAUAAAUCAUGUAAUGACAAGCUUCAGUUUGAGUAUAAUGAAGAAAUCCCCAAGAGGAUAAAGAAAGCAGAUAACUCUGCUUGCAACAAAGGAAAGGUUUAUGACAUGGAACUGGGAGAAGAAUUUUAUCUUCCUCAGAAUAAAAAGGAAAGCAGACAGAUUGCACCAGAGCUUUCUGACCUGGUCAUCUAUUGCCAAGCAGUAAAAUUUCCAGGCCUGUCAACUCUAAAUGCAUCUGGCUCUAGCAGAGGAAAAGAAAGGAAAAGCAGGAAGUCCAUUUUUGGCAACAAUCCGGGCAGAAUGAGCCCUGGAGAGACAGCAUCGUUUAACAAAACAUCUGGAAAAAGUUCCUAUGAAGGAAUGCGACAGGCCUGGGAGGAAUCAUCUUCCCCCCUCAACCCAACCACGUCCCUCAGCGCUAUCAUUAGAACUCCCAAAUGUUACCAUAUCUCGUCGCUGAAUGAAAAUGCCGCCAAGCGUCUGUGUCGCAGGUAUUCCCAGAAACUGAUCCAGCACACCGCCUGUCAGCUGCUGAGGACUUACCCGGCCGCCACCCGCAUCGACUCGUCCAACCCCAAUCCUCUCAUGUUCUGGCUCCAUGGGAUACAGCUUGUGGCCCUCAACUACCAGACAGAUGAUCUCCCUUUGCAUUUAAAUGCUGCCAUGUUUGAGGCCAACGGUGGCUGUGGUUAUGUUUUGAAACCCCCAGUUCUGUGGGACAAGAACUGUCCCAUGUAUCAGAAGUUUUCUCCCUUGGAAAGAGACCUGGACAACAUGGAGCCUGCUGUCUAUUCUUUAUCUAUUGUCUCUGGUCAAAACGUGUGCCCGAGUAACAGCACGGGAAGCCCGUGUAUUGAAGUUGACGUCCUGGGCAUGCCCCUGGACAGCUGCCACUUCCGCACGAAGCCCAUCCAUCGAAAUACCCUGAACCCCAUGUGGAACGAACAGUUUCUCUUCCGGGUUCACUUUGAAGAUCUCGUAUUUCUCCGUUUUGCAGUUGUGGAAAACAAUAGCUCGGCGGUAACUGCUCAGAGGGUCAUUCCACUCAAGGCUUUAAAACGAGGAUAUCGACAUCUUCAGCUACGAAACCUCCACAAUGAAAUCUUGGAGAUCUCCAGUUUAUUCAUAAACAGCAGAAGGAUGGAAGAAAAUUCCUCCAGCAAUACUGUGCCGUCCUCUUUGAUGUUUAAUACAGAAGAAAGAAAAUGUUUGCAGACUCACAGAGUCACGGUGCACGGGGUCCCUGGUCCAGAGCCCUUUACUGUUUUCUCUAUAAACGGAGGCACAAAGGCAAAGCAGCUUCUCCAGCAAAUUCUGGCCACUGAACAAGACACCAAACCUAUUGCCACAGACUAUUUUUUGAUGGAAGAAAAAUAUUUCAUAUCUAAAGAAAAGAAUGAAUGCAGGAAACAACCCUUCCAGAGAGCCAUUGGUCCAGAAGAAGAGAUCAUGCAGAUUUUAAGCAGCUGGUUUCCAGAAGAAGGAUAUGUUGGCAGGAUUGUCUUGAAAACCCAGCAGGAAAACCUAGAAGAGAAAAACAUUGUUCCAGAGGACAAGGAGGUGAUCCUGAGCUCGGAGGAGGAGAGCUUCUUUGUCCAAGUGCAUGACGUUUCUCCGGAGCAACCUCGAACAGUCAUCAAAGCACCUCGAGUCAGCACGGCGCAGGACGUCAUUCAGCAGACCUUAUGCAAAGCCAAAUAUUCCUAUAGCAUCCUGAGCAACCCCAACCCGAGUGACUAUGUGCUUUUGGAAGAGGUAGUGAAAGACACGACCAACAAGAAGUCUUCUACCCCGAAGUCCUCCCAGCGGGUCCUUUUGGAUCAGGAGUGUGUGUUUCAAGCACAAAGCAAGUGGAAAGGUGCAGGAAAAUUCAUCCUUAAGCUAAAGGAGCAGGUACAGGCAUCCCGAGAAGACAAAAGAAAAGGCAUAUCUUUUGCCAGUGAAUUCAAGAAGCUCACCAAGUCAACUAAACAGCCCCGAGGACUCACAUCACCUUCUCAGGUCUUGGCCUCAGAAAGUGUCCAAAACAAGGAGGAGAAGCCUGUGGGCAGCUUGUCCUCCAGUGACACGAUAGACUAUCGACAGUGACCAAGGGUGGCGUGUUUUACCCAGGUGAUAUCUUUGGCAAGAAGUUAAAGUCAAGAGCGAACAUGGUGGAAACAAAUGUAAUUUCCUUAUUUUCAUUAGACUUAAACUGGAAAUUGAUGAUUUCUGAACUGAAGGCUUCUUCACACAUGAUGUGAGGUCUACACUGAGGAAAAGCAAAAUGGCACAGGGCUAGCUGCCAACCAAUUUCCUGAUGAAUGAAGCAAAGAAACCCAGGAGAUUGCCAUUUUACAAAUGUCAACAGUUGGAAAAACAAUUGCUAAGCUAGCAAUAAUUGACUUAGACCAAGGGUCAGCAAACUUUGUCUGUAAAGGGCCAGAUAGUAAAUAUUUUAGGCUUAUUGGCCAUAUGGUCUCUGUUCCAACUAUUCAACUCAGCCGUUGUAGCGCAAAAGCAGCCACAGACAAUAUAUACACGAAUGAGCAUGGCUCUGUUCCAAUAAAACUUUACAGGCACUGAAAUUGGAAUUUCAUAUAAUCUUGACGUCACAAAUCCUCUUCUGGUUUUUUUUUCAAUCAUUUAAACAUUUGAAAACUAUUUUUAGUUCAAGAGCCAUAGUAAAACAGGUGGCAGGCUGGACUUGGCCAAAGGGCCAUAGUUUGCUGACCUGACUUAGAAAAUUGGGAACAAGAGGCACAGGGGUCUGAAAACAAGCAAGCUAGUUUAGCUGCACAUUUUAUGGCUGAGAAUUGGAAGCUUUUGGGCAUUGCAAAUGUAAAUAUGUCCUGUAAGAUUCAUUAAAAGUAAUUCAAUGUAGUUUCUGUAUUGUGUACCAUAGUGAACUCUUCUUUAGGAAUUCUUUUUACAUACAGAAUAAUACUAGGUUUUUUUUUUUAAGUAAGUUUAUUGCUUAUAUAUUCACAGAGUAUUCCACUUUUGUUUUUCACAAAAUGGGUUUAGAAUGAUGUAUAAUGUAAUAUCUACUGAGUUGUGACAUCUUAACAAGAAACUUAACCUGUUUUUUAAAGCAAAAGUAGACUGAGUUGGUGUUUAUUUAUUUUUCAAAGUUUGUACUGACACUGUACUUAUAUAUUUAUUAUACAUAGCUUUCUUGGUAUUGCUUAUGGAUUAGAAAUAUUAGUGGUUCUGUCUCACUAUUUGAAGACAAAUCUCCUAAAAAAGAAAAUGUAUGCUCUGAAUACGUGAAAUGGGCCAGAAUUUCAUGUGAAAAAAGCCUCAUUUGCAUUUCUGAUUAACUGAAGAGCUAUUGAUCCAAGUCGUACUUGCCAUUUAAUGUAAAUUAUUUUUAAAAUCUUGCUGUAUAAAACUAUCAUGUAAGUGUAAAGGAUUCUUAUUCUUUGUAUGAAGCAAAUUAAGACUUAAAAUGAAAUGUGUUCCUCUGAAGUAAAAUCUAAAUUUUAUCUUUCUAUUGAUAUUAAAAUUCAAGACAUUUUUCUUCAAAUUAUAAAACACAGUAAAAAUCUUAACCUUUGCUUUGAGAAGUUUUUUGCCAAUUAUAAAAAUAAGUAAACAAUUCCCUAGUUCUUUGCAAUUCUAAAAAGAGAAGUGUUAAAAAUACAGCACACACAGCUUUCAUGUUAUGGAAGUUCUUACCGACUCAAAGUCUUAAUGCUGGACGAAGCACCAUUUGCUUGUUGAUAGAAUGCAGGCUAUUCCAGUUUGAUGUAUUUUGUACAGUGCUACAGGUUUCCUUAAAGCAAUCAGUGUAUAACAAAUGCACAAUGCUGCCCCAUUGUUAAAAAUAUUCCAGAGACACUGUAUCAAGCUUCUAUAAACUCAGAGGCAUUUUUUCCUCUGGUUUGGCGUACCAUCUAUUGAAAAGCAAGUUACUGGUCUAACUGGCUAGAGUCAAAAUGAAAACUAUGCAGAGUAACGAGAUGCACAGCAAGAAGGGUCUCUCCAGGUUUAUCAUCUGGCCUUGACUCUUUCCAAGCUCCUCCCCACCCGACCCCACAGCCUUUAACAUAGCUGAUUCGGCCACAGAACAAAAUCUGAAGCUUGCCGGGAGACUGAACGUGAGACUAGGUUUUAGUAAGUGAGUGUUUUAACAACAGCCUAUUUGCCUCUGUUGCAACCCAACUUGGUUGGCCAUUCCAUUUUGAGGCUGUUCAUUCCAUUCUAUUGUAUUGAGUUCUUGGCGUUUUAGGAAGGAUACGUUGCUCAAAAAUGUAAAAGGUCCCGCUCUUCUAUUACAACUAACCAGCACAACCCCAUGUUUGCCAAAAACAUGAAAUUUUUAUUUAUAGCUUAUCUGAAUUAUACAGCUAUAUUAGUAUACCAAAUGAAAGAAAUUAUCCUAUUAUUUAGAAUGUAUGUAAAACAGCCACCCAAACUAUACCCAUCACCACUUCAUACUUUUCAGACUACUAAAAACCCAGGUAGCAAACGUUUAUCAGUAAAGCUGAUAUGGAAAAGAAUCUCAAUAUGCAAGCUGGGUUUAUUACAAGAUUUUGAGGAAAAAUAUUUUAAGCUGCUUCACUAAAAACAAGGAACAUGAAUUCUGUCACCUUGUUAGGGAGUGGCCAACUUUUAAGAAUACCUACAGCUGGCAAGAAAGGCUUGGAGUCAGAAUCCUGUGUGAUGUGUGACGCGGGAAGAAAUAGAUUAACUUCCUCUCAGUCACCCGUUCAUCUGGACCCGGCGGUUUUACAAAUAAUCUAAGAUGACAAGAGGGCGUCAAGGAAUUAAGGAUAAGUGUGAGGAUUACUCUGUAGGACGUAAUAAUACCAUGUGGGCAGAAAGCGCCCUCUUGAGGGAAGGCCUCUUUUCAUGUCAUCCUUAGCAAGUAAAAAUUAUUUAUAAAUUCUGCAGUUGGGGUAAAUAUGGAGUCUAGACUCAACAAAAGUACAUGUCAGGUGCCUUGUUUUUAACACAAUUUGGGGAUGGCUCUGGAGACACUUGAGGCUCACUAAUGAAAGUGGGCCUCCCCUAUUGUUACAUAUGAACUGUUGUUUUUUUAAAAACUACAUCUUCCCCUUCUCUGACCUCUCCGCUUCCAAUAUCUCUGUAGACCUCUCCUCCCCAAUCUGGAUGGACACCCACAGGCCUUGCUUAAUUCUGAAAAGUAACAAGAGCUUGCAUACUGGUCUGGUAAAACUGAAUUAACUCUAAAACACAAAGCUCCACAACUCUGCUCCCAUGCCAAUAGAAAAGUAGGAUUUUCCUGGCUGGUGUGUGAUCUUAUACUUGGCAGAGUGAGAGGCAGCCUACAGGGAAAGUGCUCUCUAGGUGGCUGCCUCUGAUCCCUUUCAAAUGCUUCUCUCACAUCAGCAGCAAGGCAAGAAGAGGUGAAUACCUGGGCCCUCCAAAAAGUUAGCAGAAAAGGGAGAUUGCCUCCUACACAAAGUCCAUACUCGGGUCAACCUUUCCACAAUACAGUGCAUUGCUAACAAUCUAUGUGUCCUCUGCCAUCUCUAUGUAUCAACUUCCUAAAAGCAAUCCUUGGCUGAUGGCUAAGGAUUUUGAAAUGGGAAUACCUGAAAUGAAUGUUGUUGAAAUACUCACUGAAUCGCCAGGAUUACCCAGCUAUUCAUGUACAUCUCUUGGAUCCAAAACACAACUAUGCUCAAACCUGCCAACAAGCAGGCCUCUGAAACCUUCCCUAUUUCAGAUGACACAGGUCUCUGAAUUUUGAAACAACUCACUCUGACACUGAAUUGGGUAAUGUCCCAUCUUUAAAAAAUGUGUGACUGAACGGACUCAGCAUGCAAGAUAAUGGAAGACAGAGGCUAUCUUAUUACCCCACUUCACUUUUAAGUGUCAAUUACAGGGCUAAGCACAUAGUAGGUGCUGAAUAUUUGUCUAGUUAAAGAAAUAUUAAGGCUGUAGCUUAGUAUAGCCUCAGGGUGUGUGUGUAUUAUUAUUAAUGACUACAAUAUUUAGUUCGGAAAAUGAAACUCAUCAAUACAAGGCACAAAGGCAUUUCAUUCUCAAAUUCAUAUAGGAUAUUCAAAUACUAGAUAUAUAAUUUUUGGUCCCACUGCAAUUCCCUAUAUGUGUAACAAGAAGGUUAAAAGCAGAAUACAGGUGUGAAAUAGUUGAUGAAUUUCUAUUUUAAAACUGAUUUUUCACCUAAACUACAGUUUCUUCUGCCAAAGUGAAACAUAAACGUAUCUGUAUAUGUUUGGAAAAUAAAUGAUUUGUGACAUGUAUUGGUCACUCGUGCUCUGAUGGGGAACCCUCCAGUCAUCCAAAUAACUAUUCAUAACAUUCCUGGACUUUGUUUUAUAUCUAAAAGGUGGGUUAAAAGCCAAUAUUAUAUUUUGAAUCAUACAUUUCUCAUCAUUAAAUAAUCAAGCCUAAAAAAAUUGAUCUUAGAAACACUUUUUUAAAUCAGAUAUCAGAAUAUGCUGAAAGACUUACAUGCACGGUUGAGCUGAUAGCCACCACUCUGCUGGACUGAUAGAGGAACUUUCUAUUUUCACUUACUUCACAAGAAAAAAAGAGGUUUAGGCUCUUAGAUCAAAAUAAUUGACUUAUAUAGCUUUGAAGAAAUCACAGAUCUAUUUAGUUGGACUGCUGUGCAUUUUUUUUAAUACUCACUUGACAAGAAUAGGAGGGAGAAAAAAGCAGCUGUUUUAUUCAACUGUUCACAGUAGAAAUAUUUAUAACCUAGGCAGUCAAACACAUAAUUCAUAGGCCAUUCCUAGAAUAUGGCAAUGGCUGUUACAUAAAAUACUGCUUUUUAAUUACAUUCAUAAGAAUUGGCAUUUUAUCUGUGUUUUUAAAAAAAAGCCCUUCACUGGGUAGCCUUUAUCCUUAAAACAGGAUGGUAAAAUAUCAGACUUGGUUUUUCCACUUGGGAGCACUGCUUCCCCCAUCACUCUCCAGAAUAUGUCAGCAAAUGCAAAGAACUUUGGAGACUAGAAUCACAUUCAAACUUUCUUUGAAAGUAGUCACUCUCAUUCUUUUUUUGUGUGUGUGAGAAAGACUGGCCCUGACCUAACAUCUGUUGCCAAUCUUCCCCCAUUUUGCUUGAGGAAUAUUGUCCUUGAGCUAAAAUCUAUGUCAAUCUUCCU